AUGGAGGAGAACGGCUACGACAGCAAGAGCGAGGCCGAGGAGGAGAAGCCCAAACCAAAAAACGGCGCCUUCAAGCGCUUCCAGAUGAGCGACCGGGAGCUCGACGACUACGUCGAGGCGGACUCGCGCAUGGACGCGAUGGCCGAGCGCAUGAACGCGGAGCGGCCCGGCUACAUGGACGAGUACGAGCGCAACCCCGAGGAGCGCGAGCGCGUGCGCGAGUCGGCGCUCAUGCACAUCCAGCAGGAGCGCUCCGAGCUCGACAAGUACGUCAACCACCAGCCGUACCAAGGCACGAUCAAAGACGAGAGCAAGGAGGGCAAGGCCAUCAAGCGCCGCUUCCGCAAGGCGGGCUUCAAGAAGCUCAUGCGGCGCUACACGGGCGACGACCCCAAGCUCUACUACCGCGCGCCGCCGGAGAAGAUCGACGUCUGGCCGCCCGUCGACGCGAAGCCCUGGGGCCACCUGCCGUGGCGCGACCCCAUCGAGAGUAGCCCCGAGGACCCCUACACGCAGGACGAUUUGGACUCGGAGCUGCCCAUGCGCCAGCCCGUGCUACCCGACCUCUACCACGACAAGCUCGUGCCGCCGCAGGAGGUCGACAUGAUCGCGCGCGCGCUCGAGCUCCGCGAACGCGGCAACGAGGCCUACAAGAACGACGACCUCAACGACGCCGUGGACCAGUACACCUACGCCGCGGAGUCCCUCGAGGCCGAGGCGGGCGUCGACGGGGGCGGCAAGCCCCGCGCGGAGUCCGUGCUCGGCAUCGUGUUGAGCAACCGCGCGCUCUGCCUCCUCAAGCUCGGCCGCUUCGCCGAGGCCGUGGCGCCGGCGGCGCGCGCGCUGAGCCUCAGCUCCGUCGCCGCCCAGCCGGCGCUCGCGGGCAAGACCUACAGCCGCCUGGCGCUCGCGCAGCUCGAGUCCGGCGACAUCGCGGGGUCCAUCGGCACGGCGUACCACGCGGCGAAGCUCGGCCACCUCAAGUACCUCCACCGGGACCUGCGGGACUACGACGAGGUGAAGAAGGCCGCGGAGAAGCCCCGCGUGUCCCUCGUGUCCGCGGUGAACCAGCCCGACCACGCGGCCGACGAGGGCGAGGACGGCUUCCAGCGCAUCAAGCUCCUCUUCGAGCGCGAGGCGUUGCCCCACCCGGACGCGCGCGAGCCCAAGAGCGGCAAGUCCAUCAUGAGCGAGGCCGUCGAGGCCAUGGGCCACAGCCGCGCGCAGCUCGGCGGCAAGGAGCGCGAGGGCUCGGAGCAGCACAAGAGAGCGAACUUCCCAACUUCAAAGGCUCCGAUCUCGGCCAUUUUCCACUCGUUUCGGCUGAUUUUUGGACGAGCGAUCAUCUCUCGGCACGGCGAGGGCUCGGAGCACCCCGUCGCGCGGAUGAUCGAUUUGGUCAUCAAGCGCGGCGGCACGGCCAAGGCGCGCUACGGCGCCGACGCCCACACGCUCAUCAUGACCGUCGCCUACGCGCAGCAGCCCCGGGCCAUCGAGCGGCUGCUGCGGGCGGGUGCCAGGGCAGCAAAAGAGAGCGAAAUUCCCAACUUCAAAGGCUCAUAUCUCGGCCGUUUUCCACUCGCGGGCGCGGACGCGACGUGCGUCGACAGCAACGGCUGGACCGCGCUGCACUACAGCGUCCACCCGAAGCGCACGUGCCACACGAAGGACGCCGUGCUCGCCGUGCUCACGCGCGCGCGCUGCCCCCUCGACGCCGUGAACAUCGACGGCGUCACCGCGCUCGCGAUCGCGGCCAUCGACGGCAACGGCCGCGCGGUGAAGAAGCUCCUGGCCCUCGGCGCGAACCCGACGGUGCGCGGCGCGCUGGGCCAUUCGGCGCUCGGGUUGUGCAUCGUCCAGCCGCGCUGCGCGUCCGAGGUCGGCGUCCACAAUUCCGAAGGUUCGACGACGGAGAAGGAUCCCGAGGUCGACGUCUGCAUGGACAACGCGGUGCGCCGCUACGCCGCGAAGAAGGGCGGCGGCGACUACACGGCCGACGAGGACACGCGCGUCGCCCUCGUGGACCACUGGCUCGAGAAGAUCCGCCAGAUCCGCCAGCCGGGCCACCGGGAGCCGGACGUGCCCGUGUCGGCGCAGAUGUACGACUUCAGCGACAUGAUCCCCAAGUCGGAGAUGAAGAAGCGGCCGCCGGAGACGUUCCCCGACUUCGAGGACUACAUCGACCCCGCGCGCCACUACGCGACGCUCCACCCGGACGCGCAGCGGCGCCGCGCGCGCGACGUCGAGUCCUGCCGCGAGAUGCUCAAGGACUGCAAGCUCAACUACAAGCGGCCCGAGAAGAACGCGGGCAACCCCUUUUUUGCGAUCCACGACCGGUCGCUGGACCGCAUGCCCACGGUCAUGAAGCGCCACUUCCGCGGGCGCCGCGUCGCGGCCGCGAACCCGGGCGACGAGCCGACGAUCGUCCUCGACGAGGAGCCCACGAAGGACGAGGUCGGCUGGCUCGUCGGCCUCUGCUCGUUGGCGCCCCUCGUGGACCCGGCGUCGCCCGAGUUCGACACGGCCGACGACGACCGCGCGGACGACGCGGUGUGCGCGGACACGAACCCGGAGGUCGACGCCGCGCCGAAAGCACAUAUGCUUCAAAGUGUCGACGAGACGGGCGACACGGUCUGGCUCGUCAGCGGCCGGCGCCGCCAGAUGGACCGUUUGAUCCGCGGGCCGGCGAGCCGCGUCUUCACGCCCAUGUGCCCCAACGACGCCUGCAUCCGCGUCGUCCACGAGUACGGGCCCAUCGUCCACCCGGGCGCGCGCGGCGGCUACUGGGCCAAGAUGCUCCGCGACGCGGGCGCGCACGUCGUCGCCUUGGACGAGGCGCCCCACGGCUCCAAGCCCACGGCGGCGGGGCUCGAGCCGCCCCUCGUCGCCUGGACGGAGGUGACCAAGGGGUCCUUCGCGGACGUCGCGGCGUGGUCCGACCACACGCUCCUGCUGGUUUGGCCCCGCCAGUGCUUCGGCUGGGCCCAGGAGGACGCGGACACGCCCGACGAUUUACUGUGCCUGGAAAAGUUCAUGGGCACGACGCUCAUCUUCGUGGGCAACCGCUCGGGCACGUCCGCGGCCACGGAGAAGUUCCACAACAAGCUCAACACGACCUGGAAGCUCACGCGCGCGUGCGCCAUCCCCUGCUGGCCGGGCCAGGAGGCCGACCUCACGGUCUGGACGCGCUAG